ACAUAUUUUGACUUAAUAUUUUUGUGCUAUUUGACAUGCUAAAGGUUAUAGCUGCAACAGUAGCAAGUGAUCCAGAGAAAUACAGUGAAGCGUUUCUUGGGAAGCGAAACGCAGAUUAUUGUAAUUGGAUUCUUGACUCGGAGAAGUGGGGAGGUGCAAUUGAACUUUCGAUAUUAGCAGAUUAUUAUGGACGUGAAAUUGCAGCAUAUGAUAUCCAGACAACCCGAUGUGAUUUGUAUGGUCAGGUAAGCCACUUGUAUGCAUUCUAUAUGGCAUAUUAUAUGCUUCCUAGUUUUGGAAUCUCUUAUGACUAAACUUUUCUAUUCUCA